AUGCAGCUGAACCCCUGGAAAGUUGAGAUCUCGGACGGGGGCUAUCCAUCUGCUGUUGAAUUCGGAGGUGAACCGAGAGACUUUGCUAUCGGGAUCUCGUACCGAGAACCUUUUACAUGGAUCGUUUUCCCAAAAGGCUCCAAUACACAUUUGAGAACGACGUCGUUGAGACUCGAGAGGCAAUUUUGGGAACAGGAUGCAACCGUUGGGAUGAUGGAUAUUCCUUUCGGUGUUUAUACUAUUUUUGUCUUUCCUUCACCCAUGUUUCGGAAAAGGAUAAGUGAAAAGGAUAAUACUGUAACAAUAAACCCAAAAAGACGUUCCGGUUGCAAAAGUUUGCCACAUUGGCAUGGAUUCCGUACAACCUCAAGUCCAGACCUCUGUGCCUGCAUGAACUUGCAGCUUUCGUGGUUCCAAUUCUUGUCUCUUGCAUAUCAAAGGUUUGCACCUGAACUAGAAAGUGUAUUGAAAUUUGAAAGAUGUCUCCGGAUUGUGGAUUCGGACAUAAAUGGAAUGAUGAAAAAGAAAACUAGCAACUCAUGGGCAAAAGUGCAACGUGAAUGUAUUGUACGAGACAAUACAUUCAUAGUACAAGUACAGACCUCGAAAACUACCCAUGCAAGAAGUCACUUGCCAAUUCAAUUCGGUAUUCAAAUUUAUUCUCUAUCAAAAACUAUCACAGCAUUUACAAUACUACACUACAACGUCCGUCACACACAUGCCGUGUGUCUUCCUCAAAUACUACUAGAAAUAGGCACGGGAAAUCCAUUACCGGUCACUCUCACUGGAUUCUCAGAAUGGAAAGCUGGCAAACUGCAGUACCACCCACUGCAAGCCAACGGGGUCAAGUACAUGAGGUCUGUACAGUCUGUACACACAUGGUAUGCAGAUGUCGAAUACUCUACGGUACACGAGUAUACCAAAUCUCGUGUGAAGAGGCCCAACGUUUCAGAACACACUCACUAUAUUGAUGAUGGUAGGAGAAAGUGUGCUCGGGCCUUACAAUCAGCCCAAAGUCCAAGCCCAGAUCUACAAGUUGCGUGUAUGUACACUGUGCGCAUUGGCUCAUUCGCGCACUCUCACCUGAUCAGGACUCAAGCUGACCGAUUUGUGGUGAGAUUAGAAAGGCUUAGCGGAGGGAGAGACAGGCGCACCGAUUACAGCGCCAGCGUCAUAGAUUCCCUGGCAAGUAUUGAGUUCGUGAAAACCUAA